UCGACAAAUUGGCAGUCAAUCCGUCGGUCGACUCGACUUGGUAAAGUUUGUAUUUCCUUGAGCUGAUAUUUAAAACAUAUUCUGUGUUCACAUCGGCUGCAUAAACUUAAUAGGAUUCAACUGAAUAAAUUUGUAAAUUUCGCAAAGCAAGCGAUUCGGAGCACAUAAAUUUUCGGAUAGAUUCACGUUGGAAAGCCGAUCCCAGGAGAUAAACCAGACACUCGGAAACCAUUAUGAUUAUCAAUUUGACGCUUUUGUACUCGUUCCUGCUGUACCAUGUGGCUGCCUCUGGCCAGGAAUCAUUCUCGUGUCAAUAUGUCCGAUCAACCAAAACGUGUUCAUUCCACCCGCUAACGGUUCUACUAAUGAACAACGGCCCUAAACAUCCAGUCUACAAGCUGUACUCAUCAAACAACACCGCUCCUGGCGAUGUCACGAUCGAGUUCAACAACUCAAUUUUGGAAUACAUUCCAGCCCAACUCUUUCAGAGCAUACCACGUAUCGUCGAAAUUCACAUGCGCUCUACCGGAGUACGACAGAUCCACGAAGAUGCCUUCCAGGGAUUGGAUGUAAUACGGAAAAUUUCCCUUAAAGAAAAUUUUCUUGGACAUCCUCCGGAUAGAUUGUUCAGCAAUCUUAGCACUCUUCGAACAUUGGAAAUGAUUGACUGCGAUAUUAAAUUGAUUCCGACGGGAAUGUUCCAGGAUUUGGUAAACCUUCAAGUGUUGGACUUGAGUCGGAAUAAACUGACAGCGCUACCACCCAAUUUGUUCGCUCACAAUCGUGAACUGCUCGCCUUGGUACUGUCAAAGAACAGGUUGGAAAAUCUUCCGCACGAAAUUUUCAUACCUCUUGAAAAAGUGCAAGGUAUUAUGCUACAGAAAAAUAAACUGGCUGCACUACACGAAGACUUAUUCCUGCACAACGGAGAACUCAAAACCAUAUUUCUGUCGGAAAAUUCGUUGAAAUCGUUCCCCGCCAAUAUUUUACGGAACCAAACUCGUCUGGAACGACUUUCACUUGGCGAAAAUGAAAUUAGCGAUUUCCGCUUAGAAACUUUUCCUUCCGAGGAGCCAUUCUUCCUAUAUUUGCAGCAGAAUCAGCUAACUGCAAUGAACAAAUCAGCUUUGAUGAAUUUGGGAAAUCUCAGAGAGCUGUAUUUGAAAGGAAACCGUCUGAGAUAUUUGGAACCAUCUGUUUUCUACGGUUGUCCCAAUAUAACGCUGAUCGAUUUGGAAAAUAACGAGCUUCAGGUACUGCCCCAGGAGUUGCUGUCGGAAUCAACAAAUUUAAAAACGUUCAGUGCUGGCCGAAACGAAAUUCAUGCCCUCGAUGCGGAUUUUUUCCGAAUGAAUAUGAAGUUGCGAAAAAUACUUCUUUACAGAAACAGGCUCGACAACAUUCCAGUUCAACUGUUUGCCGGUCUAGCGUCCCUACGAAGAUUGGAGCUGGGAUUUAAUCGCAUUCAUCAACUCGAUGAGAAUACUUUUGCUGAUAAUGUGGCAUUGGAACAGUUGUUUCUGAACUUUAACCACCUGAUGAUGCUUCCGGGGCGACUUUUCGAUAGACUGGGUGAUUUGGAAGUUUUGGAUUUGAUGGGGAAUCAACUGAAAGAGAUGGGCUUCUUGAAAGGAGUCACCUCGCUUGACAAACUAGACCUUAGUCACAAUGAGAUAUAUGGGAUUGGGGCUCCGAUCGAGGAUAUGAAGGAACUGCGGAAUCUACAGCUGGCGAAUAACCCGAUUCAAGCCAUCGGUUGCAGAGCCUUCACAGGACUUCAUGUGCUGGAAGUUUUGAAUUUAACGAAUUGUAGAAUUGAAUACUUGCAUAGGAAUGCUUUCGCGGAUCUUAGAAACUUGGAAACAAUUUCACUUGGGGGGAAUAAAAUAUCUAGUUUAUCCCCAGAAACGUUCAUGAAUCUGGAAAAGUUGGAGGUGAUUCGACUCAAUAAUAAUUCAAUCGAAUACUUCGAACCUAGUUUGCUGGCUAACAACAAGCAGCUGAAAGAGAUCGAUUUUUCUUACAAUCCAUCCAAGGAAAUUAGUUCGGAGCUAUUCAAGGCAUGUGAGAAAUUGAUAGUUUUGGAUUUAAAUGGAAUCCGCUUGCAAAAACUUGAUCAUCGACUGUCAUCAGAGAAAGAACAUUUGAAACAAUUGUACUUGCAGGACUGUUCAAUUAGUGAUAUCGACCCCGAAGCUUUUGAUGGUCUUACAUCAUUGAAACGACUUUCGCUUCAAGGGAACGACAUAACAGAACUUCCGGAUGGAGUAUUCUCGGACCUGAGUUCGCUGGAAGUGCUCGAUCUAAGACGAAACAAGAUUGAAACAAUUCAGCCAGCUGUUUUCAAGGAAAAUAGUCCAUUGGAGGAAGUGUACCUUUCCGAGAAUUUGUUCAAAUCCAUUGACAAGAUUUCUCUCUCAAAAAUGCCAAAGCUAACGACAUUAUCACUACAAGAUAAUACGUUAGGACAUUUGUCGACAAACAGUUUUUACUCCCUGAAAGACAAUCUAGAAACGUUGUUGUUGCGUAACAAUACACUAAAAGCGAUAGAUCCGCAUGCGUUCAGUGGUUUAACAAAAUUGAAACACUUGACCUUGAGUGACACUAACCUAACUCAUAUGAAUGCAGAAUGGGCUGCUGAACUUAUAUCACUGGAAGAGUUUCAGCUUACGGAUAGCUCAGUCCAAAAUGUGCCAGAAACAAUGUUUAUCAAUAACAAGAAACUUAGAGUUGUUUCCCUGAAGGGUAAUCGCUUAAAGGAUUUUCCGCAAGAUGUUUUUGGCUCCAACCUAGCGUUGGAACAGUUGUAUCUGUCCAACAAUCUUUUCACUGGCGCAAAUAACAGAGCCAUAAAGAAUCUAAACGAAUUAAAAAUUCUCAAAAUGAACGCAAAUCGUAUCAUUUCCGUUACAGCUGAUUUAUUUGCGAACAAACCUCAGUUGGAGGAAGUCUGGUUCGAGGAGAAUUUUUUGACGGAGUUUCCUGUGGAGCUGCUAUCUAACACUAGCAGCUUGAAGCUUUUCAACGUGAGUAACAAUUACCUUCGUUCAAUUGCACCAAUGUUUUUCAAUGGAUGCCAUGAUCUGCACACGUUAGAUUUAUCACAUAACCAAUUGGAGGAAAUUGACGAACAUGUUUUCAUAAGAUUGGAGGCGCUCCAAAUCUUGAUUCUCAGUGGCAAUCCAUUGAAGACACUAUCAAUCAUAUCGUCACUUGAAACUCCACAGCUAACGUUCCUGGAUUUGAGCCAAAUACUCAUCACUGAGCUGCUUGUUGAUCCACAACAGCCAUUGUUAAAUCUGGAUGCACUAUACGUCACUGAUACACCGAUAAACAUGUCGAAACUAAUCGCAGCACCAAACAUGACGAUAUUUUCAACCUCCCAUGCAGCAAUCCAAGAAAUCACGGAGAGCUUCUUCCACAGCAGUUCCAACCUUGUUGAAGUGUAUAUCAUUGACAGCUGUGUGCAGCGCAUACACUCGAACGCUUUGAAGAACAUGACCAAGCUAGAAAUGUUAGAUUUAAGUGACAACGAGAUCCAGGAGCUCGACGAUUACAUAUUCAGCGGAUGUCUUUCACUUCAUACCCUUAGACUGGAUGGAAAUAGACUCAUUCGUUUAACAGCGGAAACCUUCGAGGGAUUAUUGUACGUCAGAGAGUUGGGUCUCACCAAUAUGGACUCCCAUAGCUGGGAUCAAAAUGCUCUUACGAAACUCAGUCCUCUUACAGUAUUAUAUCUAACGAAUUGCUCAAUCUUCUCGUUGAAUAAUUUAUUCCAUAACCUUACCCAGCUUGCUUACUUGUCCUUGACAGAUAAUCGAAUUUCAGUUAUUGAAUGGAAUGAUUUUUCAUCGCUAAGAAAUCUGCGACACCUUCAUCUCUCUGGAAACCCUUUGGUACAGCUGGAGCCAACGAAUUUAUGGUUUCAUGGAAAACUCGCUUCGUUUGUUUUGGAAAAUGUAAGCAUCAGUUCCGUAGAAGUCGUCAAUGAAAUUCCAAGUAUGGAGGAGAUAUUUAUUUCGAAUAGUUCGCUAUCGAAACUUCCAGAUAAAUUUAUCGGAAUGAAAAGACUUAAAUACAUUGUAGCGGAUAAUAAUCGGUUAACGGAGCUCGGCCCAAAACUCUUCGAAGAUACCAAUUCACUAGAGGAACUAUAUGUUGGGAACAACACCAUAGGUAGUCUACCACUCGAUAUAUUUGCAAAUACACCGAAUUUAAGAUUCAUAGAUUUCACGGAUAACCAGUUGGACUCGUUGGAUGCAAUGAGAAAUGUCACUUCUCUGAAGGAAAUUUACGUCUCCGGGAACAGACUUCGUUCACUUGCGGAAGAUACAUUUCACAACUUAACCAAUUUGGAGACUCUUGAGCUUAGUAACAACGGGUUGACCGAAGUUCCCGCCAAACUACUGUUUAAAUCGAAUAAACUGUUAACCGUUGACUUAUCCAAUAACAGUCUGACAACCAUUGAUAUAAAUCUCUUCUCAACCCAGAAUGCACUUGAAUGGAUAUUACUAGAGGACAACAAACUAGAAAAUAUAGAUCUACAAAUAUUGCGAAAUAAACACCUCGAAGGAAUGAACAUUUCAUAUAAUCGAUUGACCAGCUUCGAUCUUAUGGAACUGGAUAGAAUAAAUGGAUCUAUCAAGGAAUUAGAUGUUUCACAUAACAAUCUGCAAUCGUUUUACAUACCCAACUAUCUCAGAAUGGCCUUCAUAUCUUUCAACAAUAUCAGCUCCAUAAUAACUAAUAGUGACGUUACCGUGCUUUCAGCGCUGACAGAGCUUGAAGCAUGUAACAAUCGCAUCGAAUCGAUGGACUCAUUUCAAUCGUUAUUUAAGUUGGAAAGGCUCAACUUAUCGUGCAAUCCUAUCGAGUUCGUGAACUUCACAAUGCUGUCUACGUACGACAAACUCACCGUCCUGAACGUCUCAUCACUCGGACUGACUUCGGCCAACCUCGACCAAGCGACACAUAUCUUCCAACCAACGCUAAAAAUCCUUGACAUCUCCCACAAUCAACUGCGUUCGUUGCCGCUGCGAUUCCUCGCCAACUAUCCCUACUUGGAAGAGCUUUUCAUCCGGGGCAAUCCGCUGGAGAGUUUCGAUUAUAGCGCACUUAAAUCUUGCCUGAAAUUACUCACCCAUCUUGACGUAAACGAAACCUCGUACAUUUAACUCCCACCUUGGGGCGUCUCUCACACGGAGCGUGACCUGAUUUAUGGCGAACCUAUCUACAGUCUACUUUCCCUCUUCAGCAUGUGUCGCAGCGAGUCAGAGUCAGAGACACACCAUAUAGAUUGAUGGAGCGUUUCACACGCAUUUGGGAUUGAAUGUCAUCCCAGAGACAAUUAACCGUCACAGCUAAAAUAAACAAACCAUAACACCAGGAAGAGACAGCUCAUCAAAAAACGGGCGCAGUGUUUGGCUUCCAUGUUUCGGUUCUCGCACUUGGGGCUGGCAAUAAAUUAGAUGAUCCGUA